GUGUGCGAGAACCGGUGCUGCGUGUCCCGGGCCGACCUGUUCCCGAAAGCGGCCAAAUGGCGCACAUCGACCACACCUAACCCGCAGGACGUGCCAAACCACUUGACUCAGGAGCUCCGGUGCGAUGAGGAGGGCUUUUUUCGCAACCCUAAUGAUUGUCACAAAUUCUACCGGUGUCAUUCAAAGAGCAUGGGCAAAUAUUCAAUCACCAUGUUUGAUUGCAAUCCGGCCGACGCUGUGUUCGAUGAGUCAUUCGCAGUGUGUGUCCCGCCGGAAGACAACGACCCUUGCGAUAAUAUUUUUAUUCCCUACCCGACGCCAUACAUCGGCAGCCUAGACCGGGCCGACCGGUGCAAACAGCUAUUCCCUAAGUUCAACAACACAGGUACCGCCAAACUGAGCUUUGUCGGUCAGAACACGUACAACAAUCCGUGUAAAGUUGAGUGUGCCCUGUGCGAGGACGAGCUGCCAAUCAACAAGGACAAUAAUCUCCGAUCGUACCCAGCUCAUAUGUCGCAGAAAGAAGACAUUAUUCAAUGCCAAGAGUCAGUGGAAGUGUUUGAACAAUAUAUGGAGGAUGGUGUCAAAUGUGGACCAUAUCAUGUGUGCGACAACCUAUGCUGCGUCGCCCACCCGGAGCUGUUCCCGAGAGCGCACAGACGGCGCGCCACCACAACAACACCGACCCCGCAGGACAUACCGUCCCACUGGACUCAGCCGCUGCCCUGUGACGAGGCUGGCUUUUUCCGUAACCCUAACGAUUGUACCAAGUUCUAUCGGUGCCACUCGAUUAAUAACAAGGGCAAAUUCACACGCACCCUGUUCAAUUGCAAUCCGCUGGACGCUGUGUUCGAUGAGUCAUUCGGAGUGUGUGUCGCGCCCGAGGAUACUGACAAUUGCGAUGACAUUUUUGGCCGCUAUUAAUGAACUUA